CAGAAGCAACGCCCUCUCACCUCUCUCGCUCUCUCUCUCUCUCUCUCUAAAAAUUUCACUUUGCUAGAAACGGAGAAAAGUUCUCUCUCUCUCGUUGUUGUUGUUCAAACUACCGAUCGUUUGUUUUCCGGGAAAAUUAAAAGUUUUCUCAAUUGGGUUGUCACCGUUGGGGAAUAUUUUCGGUACAAGAUUGUUACGUUAUCCUGUUUAUCAACAGCCAAUAAUGCUGUUGAGCUUGUGAGAUCUGAGAAAAUUGAGCUAUGACCGAAUGGGUGUUGAAAAAGAAGAUGUAUUGGAGUGUGACAACUAAGAUGCGUUUGUUCUUGACUUGCUUGUUCAUAUCUUGAACGUAUUGGAUUUGAAUUCAUUUCAGUCUGUUUUGGUUGUUUUGUUACAUAGAUUUGAACUGGGUAUUGAAAUUUCAAUUCUGUUUUGGUUGGUUUGGGUAUAGAUUUCAACUCUGUUUUGACUGUUUUGAUUUGAACUGGGUAUUGAAAUUUCAAGUCUUUUUUGGUUGAAGUGGCAUAGAUUUGAACUGGGUAUUGAAAAAUCAAGUCUGGUUGUUGUUUUGGUAAUAGAUUUGAACUGGGUAUUGAAAUUUCAAGUGUUUUUGUUUCUGGGUGGUUCUUUGUUUUUUAAUUUUUCGGGUGUUUUGAGAUGAAAGUAGAGUUGGGUAUGGGGGCUUUGGUUUGGAGUGAGGAAGACAAGGCUAUGGUGGCGGCGGUUUUGGGCAGUCGAGCUUUCGAUUACUUGAUGUCGAGCUCAGUCUCGGCUGAAUGCUCGUUGAUGGUGGUGGGGAGUGAUGAGAAUUUGCAGAAUUUUCUUUCGGAUCUGGUGGACCGCCCCAACACCGCCAAUUUCAGUUGGAAUUAUGCAUUUUUCUGGCAAAUUUCACGUUCCAAGGACGGUGAUUUGGUUUUAGGAUGGGGAGAUGGGUCUUGUAGGGAGCCGAAGGAGGGGGAAGAAUCGGAAGUUACACAAAUUCUCAAUUUUCGACUCGAGGAUGAGACCCAACAAAGGAUGAGGAAAAGGGUACUUCAGAAAUUGCACACACUGUUUGGGGGAUCAGAUGAAGAUAGUUAUGCCUUUGGAUUGGACCGUGUGACCGAUAUUGAAAUGUUCUUUCUAGCAUCCAUGUACUUUUCGUUCCCUCGUGGGGAAGGCGGCCCCGGGAAGUGUUUUGCAUCUGGGAAGCAUAUUUGGCUCUCAGACGCGAUGAAGACAUCGUCUGACUAUUGUUUCAGAUCAUUCCUUGCAAAGUCCGCGGGUAUCCAGACCAUUGUUUUGAUCCCAACUAAGAUUGGAGUAGUUGAAUUUGGGUCGGUGAGAUCUAUACCAGAGAGCUUAGAGUUGGUGCAGUCAAUCAAAUCAUCAUUUUCAGCAUUUUCAUCACCUAUCAGAGCCAAGCCAAUGGCAGUUAUUCCAGUUAUGAGCCAGAAGAAAGACGGAAAUGCCCAUUUCACCAAUUUAGGCGUUGGUGAUCGAUCAAAUGGGGUGGUUCCGAAGAUUUUUGGGCAGGAUUUGAACUCCGGCCAUUCCCAAUUUAGGGAAAAGCUUGCUGUUAGGAAGACGGAGGAGAGGCCGUGGGAAGCGUUCUCGAAUGGGAAUCUGAUUCCAUUCCCAAAUGCUCGAAAUGGACUUCAUGGUUCGGGUUGGACUCAAUUUCGUAGUGUGAACCAAGGGGCCACAGUUGAAACUUACAGUCCUCAGGCUGCAACAAACAAUCUACAAGAGCUUGUCAAUGGUGUCAGUGGUGUUAGGGAUGAGUUUCGGCUUAACCAAUACCAACCCCAAAAGACGGCACCAAUGCAAAUUGAUUUUACAGGCGGCGCUACUUCAAGGCCUUCUAUAAUUUCCAGGCCAGUUAGCAUUGAGUCUGAGCAUUCAGAUGUCGAGGCUUCUGGCAAGGACGAGCGGGCAGGGCCAGUCGAUGAAAAGAGGCCUCGGAAACGGGGACGAAAGCCCGCGAAUGGAAGAGAAGAGCCGCUCAACCAUGUGGAGGCAGAGAGGCAGCGGCGAGAGAAACUAAACCAAAGGUUCUAUGCAUUGCGAGCUGUUGUGCCCAAUAUUUCGAAGAUGGACAAAGCCUCACUGUUGGGAGAUGCCAUAGCAUACAUCACCGAGCUUCAGAGGAAGCUCAAGGACAUGGAAUCAGAGAGGGAAAAAUUGGGGAGCACAUCGAUAGAUCAAUCAUCACCUGCUUUGGAGGCCAACCCAAAUUCAGAAAAUCAAAACCAAGUUCCAGGCAUCGAAAUCAAAGCUGCUCACGAUGAAGUUGUUGUGAGGGUUAGUUGCCCUUUGGAUACCCACCCAGUAUCAAGAGUCAUCCAAGCAUUCAAAGACGCUCAAAUCACGGUUGUUGAGUCGAAACUCGCUACUGGGAAUGAUACGGUGUUUCACACAUUUGUGAUCAAAUCCCAAGGAUCCGAACAGCUCACAAAGGAAAGAUUGGUUGCAGCAUUUUCACGCGAAUCCAACUCAUUACAGCCUUUAUCGUCAGUUGGGUAAUAAGAGAAAUCGCAUUUUUAACAUAGUUUGUAGUGAAGAACCAAUUCAAAAGCUUCUUCUGCAGAGAGGUUUUGAUAUACAGAGCAAGGGAUUAUCAUAAAAGGGAACAGCAAUGGCAGCUAGAAGUAGAAAAAAAUAACUACCUAUUGACCAAGUAGGGCAGCAAUUUUCUAUGUUUGUUUAUAGUAUAUACAUAUUUUCUGUCAUAAGGAAGUAUUCUUGCAAGAUGAAUUAAAUUUGUAAGUUCAAUCAACUCUACCUUUGUUGCUUGUUUAGAAGCAGAUAAUUUUGCUUUGUUAUUUUAUUUAUUUAUUUUUAUUUUU